UCUCAAUCAGCAGUUCCAGUUCCUGCAGCCCAAGUAUGCCACAGACACCAACAACACAAACAUUUUGAUGGGCCGCGAGUAUGGCAAGACCAUUGGCAUCACCUCCAGCUGCUUCAAUUCCUCCGAGAGCUGCUACGACCCGCCGUGCAACGUGAUGGCCUUCAAAAUGACAACAACGCAGGGCAGCCUGUCGCUCCUGUUCUACCCGCUGUAUGGUGCCAAGAAUGCGACCCAUGACCUGGAGAUGCUGCGCACCAUCAUGCGCAGCUCGGCCGAUAUGGUCAUCCUCAACCAUGGGCUUUGGGGGGGCGACAACAUGAAUGCUUACUUCAAGGACGUCCUGUGCCCCGCAAAAAAGGAGCAGCCGACCCUUGGCGGCGGUAAGACGGAGCUCGUCUGGCGGACAACGUACCGCACGUCGCCGGAAACGCCGCUCAACACUGAGAUGGCCCGGAACCUCAGCGGCGUGGCGCGCGAUUGCGGGUGGAACGUGCUCGACCUGCGGGAGGUGUCAAUGGCUGCGGCGGCUAUCAACCUGCCGGUCUACUGGGACGACAAGCACUUCCUUCCGUUUGUGAACGAUCAAAUCAGCGAUAUCCUGCUCAAUUUGUGGGCUUCUUUGUGGCAGAAACAAGGGUCGAGCAUAAAGGAAGUGUGCCCUCCAAACCCUCCCGCUGCAAAUGCGCCCCCGGUAACGUGA